AUGUCUGGUCUGCUGAACCAGAUCACAGGGGCAGCCCUGCCCCUCACCGCAUCCUAUGUCACCUCCUUUGUCAGUGGUUACGCCCUGGGUCUCACCCCCUCCCUCACCUAUGGCAACCUGGAAGCCCAGCCCUUCCAGGGUCUCUUUGUAUACCCACUGGAUGAGUACACCACGGUGAUCGGCUUUGAGGCAGUCAUUGCCGACCGAGUCGUGACAGUACAGAUCAAGGACAAAGCCAAGAUGGAGGGUGGCCACUUAGAUGCCACUGGCCUCCGAGCUGCAACUGUCACAGGUAAGAAGGCCAGAAAGGCUGAAACAUUCUGCAUCACCCCUCCUUCCUGCACACCUGGAAAGGUGGCUUUGGAUGAGGAUUUGGAGCGGACCCUCUUUGUGGUCAACCUGGGGACCAUCGCCCCUAUGGAGAACGUCACCAUCUUUGUCAGCACCUCCUCGGAGCUUCCGACGCUGCCCAGCGGGGCUGUGAGGGUCCUGCUGCCGUCUGUCUGUGCCCCAACCGUGCCUCAGUUCUGCACCGAGAGCACUGGGCCCUCCAACCAACAGACCCACGGCAAAGACAAGCAUUGCUUCGGCCCCCAGGCCCUGGACUCCUGGAACAAAUUGUGCCUGGCGACUCUCCUGGACACCGAUGUGUCCAACCCCAGGGAAUACGAGUUCAGCUUCCAGCUGGAGAUCCGUGGGCCCUGCCUGCUCGCAGGGGUGGAGAGUCCCACCCACGAGAUCCGAGCCGAUGCAGCCCCGUCCGCACGCUCCGCCAAGAGUAUCAUUAUCACCCUGGCCAAAAGGCACACCUUCGACAGGCCCGUGGAGAUCCUCAUCCACCCCAGCGAGCCCUACGUGCCGCACGUCCUGAUGGAGAAAGGGGACAUGACCCUGGGAGAGUUUGACCAGCACUUGAAGGGAAGAACAGAUUUCAUUAAAGGGGUGAAGAAGGACAGCAGUGCAGAGCGAAAGACAGAAAUCAUCCGGAAACGUCUCCACGAGGACAUUCCCCACCAUUCUGUCAUCACGCUCAACCUCUGUCCUGACCUCCAGUCAGUCCAGCCGAACCUAAGGAAGACCCAUGGCAAGUUUAUCUUCCUCAUCGACAGGAGUGGCGGCAUGAAUGGGACCAGCCUCCACCGAGUCCAGGAUGCCAUGCUGGUGGCUCCUAAGAGCCUCAUGCCAGCCUGUCUCUUCAAUGUCAUUGGGUUUGGAUCCACGUUUAAGACCCUCUUCCCUUCCAGUCAGACCUACAAUGAGGAUAGUUUGGCCAAGGCCUGUGACAACAUCCAGAGAAUGCAAGCUGACAUGGGCGGCACCAACAUUCUCUCCCCGCUCAAGUGGAUCAUCCGGCAGCCAGUGCUCCGAGGCCACCCGAGCCUCCUCUUCCUGAUCACAGAUGGUGCCGUCAACAAUACCGGGAAGGUGCUGGAGCUGGUGCGAAGCCACGCCUUCUCCACCAGGUGCUAUAGCUUUGGAAUUGGACCCAACGUCUGCCACAGACUGGUGAAAGGGCUGGCAACUGUGUCCGAGGGCAGUGCUGAGUUCCUGGUGGAGGGGGAGCAGCUGCAACCCAAGCUAGUUAAGACCCUGAAGAAGGCCAUGGCCCCAGUCCUGAGUGACGUGACCGUGGAGUGGGUCUUCCCUGAGACCACCGAGGUCCUGAUCUCACCUGUCAGCACCAGCUCCCUUUUCCCUGGAGAACGGCUGGUGGGGUAUGGCGUUGUAUGUGAUGCCUCCUUAUACAUCUCCAAUCCCAGAACUGACAAGAGAAGAUGAUACAGCAUACUAUACUCUCAGGAGUCCGGCAGUGUCUUCUACCACUGCCAGGAUGAGGGGCCUAGUCCAGACAGUGGAGACUGUGCCAAGAGCUUGGGGACACCCUUCGACCCGAGGCAGGCCAAAGAUGCCCAGCUGGCCAGCGGACACUCCGCCACCAAUCCUGACUUCUCCCAGCGACGGCGGGCAUACAGCACCAACCAGAUCACCAGCCACAAGCCCUCUCCAAGGGCCCUCACGGCCAGCGACCCCACAACAGCUGCCAGGAGAUACUCACUGAGGAAAAGCAAGCUGCAGGAACUCACCAAGCAGACCAGCCUGGAUGCUCCACGGUGGCAGAUUGAUUUGCAGCCCUUGCUGAACAGUGGCGCGGACCUGAGCCGGGGCCCCAGACUCUGGCGUCCAGGGGCCCUCAGGCCCUCUCUGCUGCCCCAAGGCUGCCAGCCCUUCCUGCCCUCUGGCCAGGAGACCCGGGCUUGGAGCCCCAUGAAAGAGCUGGAUCUUGGGUCUGGCCUGAAGCCUGCCUCAGACAGCUGCAGCCCUGGGGACCUGGAGCUGUCCCAUCACCCCUCCGCCUUGGAGACCGAGAUGUCCUCUGACUGGGAGCCCCUAGCUGAGUCCGAGGAGCAGGCCAGUCCCCGCAGGCCCCCCACCCCAGGACCCGUGCUGGGCAAGGCCGUGGUCAAGGGCCUGCGCGACAGCCAGCCUUUGCAGUGGGAGGUGAGCUUUGAUCUGGGGCCUCCCGGCCCCAAGAGGGGCGGCGCGCGCGAGCCCGACCUGUGGAGCGAGACCUUCCACCACCUGGCAGCCCGCGCCAUCAUCUGCGACUUCGAGCAGCUGGCGGAGCGCGAGGGAGAGAUCGAGCAAGGGUCCAGCCGCCGCUACCAAGUGAGCGCCGUGCACACCAGCAAAGCCUGCAACAUCGUCAGCAAGUACACAGCCUUCGUGCCUGUGGACAGAAGCGAGAGCCGUUACCUGCCCACCGUCGUGGGAUACCCCGACUCUGGUGCUGUGUUGCGGAUGGUCAGCUCUCGGGUGCUGACCCGACAGUCGAGGGGCACUUCUGCUGGUUUCAGGCGGUCCCAGACGAUGCUUGGGGAAGACUCAGCUGCAGGAGAUGAUGUGGAGGAAAGCCCCACUGCGCCCUUCCGUGAGAACACAUCCCUGGGCGGCGAGAAGUACGCUGCUCCUGAAGGUCCCCUGCGCAGUCUGGCCACCAACACCCUUUCUUCCUUGAAGGCCUCAGAGACUCUCUUUGGAUCCAGGCUGAAUCUCAACAAGUCCAGGCUGCUGACGCGAGCGGCCAAGGGCUUCCUGGGCAAACCACUGACCAAGGCUCCAGAGGCAGCCCCAGGGAGCCAGAGCUUGGACUACGUCCCGCUGGUAUCCCUGCGGCUGGCCUCCGGAGCCUUCCCGCUCAACCAAGCCUUCUGCAAGGCCAUCCACAUCCCCAUGGAGAAGCUCAAGUGGACCUCACCCUUCACCUGCCACCGAGUGUCCCUCACCUCCCGCCAGCCCCCGAGUCCCCAGACGUGCACCAGCCCCUCACCUCGGCACCCCUCCUGUGACAGCUUCUCCCUGGAGCCUCUGGCUGAGGGCAAGCCGGGCUGGGAGCCCAGGGCUGCGGUAGAGCGCACAGGGAAGCUGUGGGCCACAGUGGUGGCGCUGGCGUGGCCGGAGCACAGCUCCGCCUCCUACUUCGUUGAGUGGGAGCUGGUGGCCGCCAAGGCCAACUCGUGGCUGGAGCAGCAGGAGGUGCCCGAGGGCCGCACACGGGGCACGCUCAAGGCUGCCGCCCGCCAGCUGUUCUUGCUCCUGCGGCCCUGGGAUGAGAACCUGGAGUUCAAUAUGCUCUGCUAUAACCCGAAUUAUGUGUAG